AUGCCUGGUCAAGUGCCGUUGAGAGAUUGGGAGGACCAGGAGAAAAUGAACGUCGAGAUCAACGUUUAUGGCUGGCAAGGGCAGCACGCAUAUGCCCGUCUCCACCUUCCCAAGGACGCGAACUUCGAGAAUGCCCGGUUGGCUGGGAUGCUGAUGUGCUUUGACUUCAAGCACACGAAGCCUUGGUUGUGCGAAUUCUGCGGCGAGCCCUCGCGCGAAACACAGCUUCAAUCUGUGCCUUAUGUCUGGUUCCCCAUCUGCCGACUGCCCAUUUACAUGCACCAUGUAUGCGACAUGGACAAGCCGUCGUGUCAGGCGGCGCUCAAAGCAGCCCACGAUCGCAUCAACGAAGAGCAUUUCGGCCUGAUGGGACCCCAUCCACCACCGAUGUCAAAACCUCCUGGGGAAGUGUACCCGCUCGCCGCGAGCUGUGCCAACUGCAAGACUGACGCCAGUGCGCGGGGCGACAUGAAGAAGUGUGGGGGUUGCAAGAUGACGAGAUAUUGCGGUGCUUCCUGCCAGAAAGCGGAUUGGCCGCGCCACAAAGUUGCGUGCAAGCGCAUCAGACUGGUACAGUUUGAAGGAUUUUCGAGCGGCACCUAA